AUGUGUCAUGUCAUUGUCACCUGUCGCUCGAUGCUCUGGACCCUCCUGAGUAUUGUAGUGGCUUUUGCAGAACUCAUCGCCUUCAUGAGCGCGGACUGGCUGAUUGGAAAAGCCAAGGCGCCCCGCGGCCCCAUGGAGCCGGAUGCCCAGCCAGGAGCCCCAGAGCCCUACCACCCCACACUGGGCAUCUACGCGCGUUGCAUCCCCAACCCCGGGGUGCAGCACUUGCAACGGGACACGCUGUGCGGGCCCUAUGCCGAGAGCUUCGGCGAGAUUGCCAGUGGCUUCUGGCAGGCCACUGCUAUUUUCUUAGCCGUGGGGAUCUUCAUUCUCUGCACGGUGGCCUUGGUGUCCGUCUUCACCAUGUGUGUGCAGAGCAUCAUGAAGAAAAGCAUCUUCAACGUCUGUGGGCUUUUGCAAGGGAUUGCAGGUCUCUUCCUGAUCCUGGGUCUGAUUCUCUACCCUGCUGGUUGGGGUUGCCAGAAGGCAAUAGGCUACUGUGGACAUUAUGCAUCUGCCUACAAACCCGGAGACUGCUCCUUGGGCUGGGCCUUUUACACGGCCAUUGGCGGCACGGUCUUGACCUUCAUCUGUGCCGUCUUCUCCGCACAAGCAGAAAUUGCAACCUCCAGUGACAAAGUACAGGAAGAAAUUGAAGAGGGGAAAAACCUUAUCUGCCUCCUUUAG